CGUACGGGAUUUCAUGUGAGCCGGCACACGCGUGUUCUGAAGAAACCAUAAUUGAAAGAAACGGUGAAUAACGACAGACGGGAGUCUGCGGACAGCCGCCCGCGGCGCUCACCGAGCCGAGCGCGACGCACCGGGAAUCGGCGGGUCCCGGACGCCUAACUGCACAUUCGAUAGUUUUUCAACUCAACGGUGCAAUUUAGCAAGUCUUGCCUUCGUGGAAAAAAAUUAGACAUUUUAUUCUCCUCGGAAAGAAUACGCCUCCGAUGCUCAAUACAGAGGAUUAAAUAUCUUCAAACAAAAGCGGAAGUAAAAAAAAUCCCCAAAAAACAGCGUCCGUGACGAAUCUGCUUCUCCCAAUGUAAAGGUCCGGUCAGGCAGGCACCAAGAAGCAGGCAGGCUUCCAUCGUUUCCAGCCCGCGCCGGUUCCCGUGGGGAAGGAAGCGCGAGCCUAGCUAAGAACAUGAACGACUGGGUGCCCAUCGCCAAGGAGUACGACCCCCUGAAAGCCGGCAGCAUCGAUGGCACGGACGAGGACCCCCACGACCGUGCAGUCUGGAGGGCGAUGUUGGCGCGGUACGCCCCCAACAAGGGCGUCGCGGGGGACCCCCUCCUCACCCUGUUCGUGGCGAGACUCAACCUGCAGACCAAAGAGGAGAAGCUGAGGGAAGUGUUCUCACGCUACGGGGACAUCCGGCGGCUGCGGCUGGUGAGGGACCUGGUCACCGGCUUCUCCAAAGGCUACGCCUUCAUCGAGUACAAGGAGGAGCGGGCCCUCCUCAAGGCGUACCGGGACGCCGACGGCCUGGUCAUCGACCAGCACGAGAUCUUCGUGGACUACGAACUGGAGAGGACCCUCAAAGGGUGGAUCCCCCGGCGGCUCGGAGGAGGUCUGGGGGGGAAGAAGGAAUCCGGGCAGCUGAGAUUCGGGGGGCGGGACCGGCCCUUCCGCAAGCCCAUUAACUUGCCCGUUAUUAAAAACGACCCGUACAGAGAGGGGAAGAGGGAGAAGAGGGAGCGGUCCCGGUCCCGAGAGAGGCGCUGGGAGUCCAGGCCCCGGGACCGCGACCGGGACCACGACCGGGGCCGGGAGAAGAGGCGGCAGGAGCGGGAGCCGGCCCGGGCGUGGCCCGAGAACGACUGGGAGAGGGACAGGGACUUCCGGGAGGACAGGGUCAAGGGCAGGGAGAAGAAGGACAGGGGUAAGUAGAGGCUCGACGCCCCCGGUCACAGAGCCCGAAGCAGGGCGGAGGGGCCCGCGUGGCUUCUACACGGAGGAUGAGUCCGGUGCUGAUGAAGCGCAGGUGCCAGCUCAAUGCCGACGCUGGGAGUCUCUCUUCCUCACCGUGGGGCGCUCGGGACACACCACUGACCGAGCUUGAGAACAGCUCUGUGCUCGCCGGCCUCCGCACGGAAGGGCGCAGCCAGGGGCCACCGGUG